AUGGGGAAUCGGAAAGGUUUGGGGCUCCAUCUCAUUUUCGUAUGUGGUUUUCUGUUUGCUGGAGCCACAUAUACUUGCUUGGGUGAUGGAAAUACCAGUCUCACUGUUUGCUCUGAGAAAGAGAGACUCGCUCUUCUCAAGUUCAAAGACAGUGUUGAAGAUCCUUCUAGAAUGUUGUCAUCAUGGAUUGGCAAUGACUGCUGCCUGUGGGAAGGAAUCCAGUGUGACACUGUCACUGGAGAUGUCGUAAGCCUUCAUCUCAUGGGAAAUGAUGAAGGCUACUUAGUUGGUUAUGAGGUGAUGUCUUCUUUGGCAGAGUUGAGACAUCUGAAAUCCUUGGAUUUGAGUGGGAAUGAUUUUCAAGGAAGCCGCAUCCCAAAGUUCAUUGGGUCCUUGAAACAGCUGACCCACCUUAAUCUUUCUCAAGCUGGUUUUCAAGGUAUUAUUCCUCCUCACAUUGGAAACCUUUCUAAUCUAAAGGUUCUUGAUCUCAGUUUAGGCAAACGCACGUGGGGGCUAAGGGUUGAUGAUAUGGCAUGGACUUCUGGCCUUUCAUCGCUUGAGCAUCUUGACUUGAGUCCGGUAUAUCUUGGCGAAGCACAAAACAGGGACAUGCUGUUUUACAUGAUUCCUUCCUUAAAAGUGUUAAAUUUGUGGGGAUGUAGACUUUUCGAUUCUGAUCUUGGUCCUUUUCGUAAUUUGAGUAGAAUACUUCCCAACAUCAAACACCUGGAUCUUGGCUUCAAUUCUUUCAAUAGGCCACUCCCUGGAUUUCUUCAAAACAUGUCAUCAACCUUAACAUUCCUGGAUCUUUCUAACUUUAAUCUUAGUCGGACAUGGAACUUUGCUACCUUGCUAAGCAAGAUUCCUUCUUUAUCAGAGUUGCAUUUGUCAUCUUGUGGGCUUGAUAAAACGCAUUUAUCUUCCCCUAGUUAUAAUUUCAGCACACUUUCUAACAUCCGACACCUGGUUCUCAGCCAAAAUUCGAUAGAAGGCCCAUUUCCAUCUGUUUUCACAAAUAUGAGUUCCCUGAGAGUCCUUGUCCUCUCAGGAAACAUGUUGAAUUCAUCACUUCCUAUUAUACCUAACCUUAUAGAUCUUGAUCUUUCCUUUAACCAGUUAACCGGUCCCAUUCCUACACACCUUGGCAAUCUCUCCAAACUUGACCUUUCUUCCAAUCACUUGAAUGGUUCAAUUCCAGAAUCCAUUGGAAAUCUAGCAACUUUAACAUAUUUGGAUCUAAGUUCCAAUUGGUUAACUGGUCCCAUCCCAACAUCUCUAGGAAGACAUAUAUCUUUACAAUUCAUUCGGGUGUCUUCAAAUUUGUUAAAUGGGACUAUUCCAGUUUCAAUUGGGCAACUUGCCAAACUUCAAUAUCUUGAUUUCUCUAACAACUCUUUAGAAGGAGUAGUUUCUGAAGCCCAUUUUGCCAACCUUUCAAUGUUGACGUACUUGGAUACUUCUUCUAACACCAAGUUGAGAUACAAUAUUUCACGUGACUGGAUACCUCCAUUCCAAUUGGUAUCACUUCUACUUCGUUCUUGCAAUAUCACAAAUAGAUUUCCGCAUUGGCUUCGAAAUCAGAGGAACCUUCAUGUGUUGGAUUUGUCUAAUACUACAAUUUCAGGACAUCUGCCAACAUGGUUGCGGAAGAUGCCCAUCAUUGGUUACCUAGAUCUCUCCCACAACAAACUCAACGGACCUUUGAUAAACCUUCCUAAUGGAGAAACUUAUGGUCGGAACUAUAAAUUUCCGAUAUUAUUUCUGGAAAAUAACUUUUUCAACGAGUCAAUUCCAACGUCAUUGUGCAGAAGGACGGAUCUCGAAUAUCUCGAUCUUUCCAGAAAUAGGUUAAUCGGUCAGGUUCCCAAGUGUCUUGAGAAUCUGCAACAUUUGCGUACCAUGAUACUUAGCUCAAAUCAGCUGUCAGGUGUAAUUCCAAGUUUUAUGGCUCCUAAUUCUUUAGAGCGGUUAAAACUGAAUGAUAACAAAUUUAUUGGUGAACUUCCUCGAGAAUUGGGUAAUCUACGAGUUUUAAGUAUCUUAGAUCUGGGUAAUAAUAAAUUGUCUGGAAACAUACCAGAAUGGUUCGGAGCAACACUUUCAUAUAUGAGAGUUUUGAGGUUACACAAGAACAACUUCACCGGAAGAAUUCCCGAGUAUUUGUGUAAAGGUUCAAAUCUUCAAAUUUUGGAUGUUGCACACAACAACUUAAAGGGACAUAUUCCUCGAUGUCUAGGAGAGUUGAAUGCCAUGGUUAAUGAUGGCGGAUAUAGGUACUCUGCUCCUCCCUCUUUCGACUCUGAUGAGAAUGUUGAUCAGGUCAUGAAAGGUGUUGAUCUUGAAUAUACAACAACUUGGGAUAUGGUUUUUAACAUGGACCUUUCGAGCAAUCAACUUGUUGGAGAAAUACCUGUCGAGCUAACUGCACUUUCCUUGUUGGUGGGUCUCAAUUUGUCAAAUAAUCAUCUCAGUGGGGGUAUUCCAGACACCAUAGGAAACAUGUCAGAGUUAAAUUCUCUUGAUUUAUCUGGAAACGAGUUGACUGGUGUGAUCCCUCCGAGCAUGGCAGAUUUGACUUUUUUGAGCCAUUUGAAUUUGUCUCACAACAACUUGUCAGGACGAAUUCCAACAGGAAGGCAACUGCAGACCCUGAUUGAUCCAUCGAUAUAUGAAGGGAACAAAGAUCUAUGUGGGCCUCCACUGCCUAAUAAUUGCUCAAAUCCAGGAGAACACCCAACAACAAGCAAGAAGAAAAACAAAGCAGCUGAGGAGCAGAUCAAUGUAUUGUUGUUAUAUACGAACAUAAUUUGUGGUUUUGUAACAGGGUUUUGGGGGGUUAUUGGAGUUCUGUUGUUGAAGAAACAGUGGUCAAAGAAACUUUUCAAGUUUGCUGAGGAUAUGAUGGAAAAUAUAUACGUUGUAGUCAUGGUAAGAGUUGCCAAGAUCAAGAGAGGAAGAGAUGCCGCAUAG